UCAACGACUACAUUAAAUAAAGACAUGUGAUUCAAAACCGAUGAAAUAAGAUAUGAUUUUAUGAUUAUUUACGCCUCAAGUGAACCAAUUCAUACUCUAUUUAUCCGUCCAUGGUUGUUGUUUUGAUUUGUUUGAUGUGAUUGUCAUGUCAUCAUCAUCAUCAUCAUCAUAUCUUUUUACGCAUUCAUUGGCCAUUUUUAGCCAAGAAUGCAGAUUACAAGCAGAAAAUUUACGUCAAGGAAAAUGUCAACUUUGCAUCGAUGGUUUAUUAUUGUUGUUGCGAGUACCACAAAAACAAAAAAUUGUCAACAAUCAGCAAGAACAAGAUGAAAUCAUAACGCCCAUCAGUGAUAAAUGUCCAUUAGCAUCGUGUGGUGAUGAUUUUAUCAUUUCAUUAGUUCGUCAAUGUCCUUGCAUCAAAAUUGUUUAUCCGUCAAACAAAUCGUUUCGAGGAUUGAUCGAUGUUUCAUUGUUCGAGUCAUGUCAAGCAAUUGAAUUGAUAAGGAUUCCAUUCAAUCGAUUGCAUGGAACGGAAAAGUUGAGACAAAAUCUGCGAUCCUUGAUUUGGGUACGUGGCAAUUAUGAAUCAAUCAGUGAAUCAAUAUAUUCAUUGUGGCAAUCAUAUCGUCAACAUGGAAAUAUUGAUUCAAAAAGUGAUAAUUUCAAACCACUUAGAAUCGAUGAACUUUUCUGGGACAAGUUCGGUUCAUGGCCUUCAUUAACUUAUCUCUGUAUAUCUCGUAGCAAUAUCACUGUCAUGAAUGCUUCGACUAUACCUAAUUCGAUCGUAACGUUGGAUCUUCGCUGUAAUAGGAUAUGUCAAUUUAACAACUUAGUCAAUUAUUCAUCAACUGGGACAAUUACUAAAUUAUGUUUGGACUAUAACGCUUUAAAAGAGUUGCCUAAGCUGAAUAGUAAUGCUUUUUCAUCAUUGGUUCAUCUAUCUCUUCGUGGAAAUCUUAUUAAUUCGAUUUUUGGAUUGAGAAAUUUUAUUUCGUUAGAUUAUCUCGAUCUUUCUGAGAAUAGUAUUACCAAUACUGGGCAAUUUCUAUCCGAAAUUGUUUAUCUUUCAUCAACAUUAAAGACGCUAUAUAUUGAAAAUAAUCCUAUUUGCUAUGAUCAUUGGAUCAAAUCAAAAUGUCAAAGUGUCCUUUUUCGCUUGACACUGUUUAAUGGUAAAAGAGUAAACCAAAAUACAAUAAGUGAAACAUUGCAGCCGUUACCAAUUGUUUCAAACAUUGUCGAUCAAGCAAUACGACUUUCCAAUGAUUAUUCAACCGAUCAGCCAACUAGUACGACUUAUAACGAUGCAAAUGUUCGAAAAAUAAAAAUUAAGCCCUCCAAAGAACGAUUCGUUGUGAUCGAUGAAAAUGAUGAAGAUUUCAAAGCUUUUCCUAGUUUAACUGAUCUGUCACCGAUCGUUGUAUCAUCAACAACCAUUACUAGCAAUCAACAACAGAAUGAAACCGCUAUUAAGAACUACUUUUUUGGUGGAUUUAGUGGAAGUUAUAGCAGUAUUCCUAAUCGAAAUGAAAGUAGUUCGAAGUUGUUUGAGGUUUAUGAAGAGCAAGAGGAACAGUUAAAAGAUGAUGAUUCCGAUACAAUUAUUGACAAAAUUGACCAGAAUGAAACCAUGGAAAAGAUUGCAGAAAAAUCUGUCACACCUGAACCAUCUCAACUAUUGAAUAGCACUUCAGAAUGGGCCAACGAAGAUACGGAGGAAGAAAACACAGUGUUCUUGGUUGAAAUAUAUCAAAGCCUUUCGGAAUUUGAAUCAAUUCUAGAAACUCAGAAUCCUGAUAUUGAUUAUUAUUUUAUUCGUAUCCGACCUCAUGAUGGAUUAAUCUAUGAAAAGGAUUGUACAUCGGGCAAAGUAUUACAAACACUUGAUUUAAAAGUAUUGGAAAAAUAUGAAUGCAUAAAUACAAACACAGCCAUCAAACUAUAUUUUGACACUUGUGUUGUUUCAAAAAAAGAACGUAUAUAUCGAUUUUUGGAUGAAAGAUCUUAUCAUAAUUUUGUUGAAAUGUUCCUUUCCAAAUUGAAUGAUUAUAAAAAACAAUACGAAUCAUCAUUGGGAAAAAAUGAUGUCAUUGAUCAGAAUAAAUCAAGUGGAAAUAAGAAAACAGAUGCACCGUGGUUUUAUAUGUGUUUACGAUGUGGUAAUCGAACGCAUCGAAUCAUCACUGAUUGUCCUUCAUGUGGCUCCGACCUGAUCAUCAAAGAUGAAAGCUCAGUCUAUAAAGAUGUUCCAUUACAAUCAUUACUAAAUGAUUAUCCUCAACAAGAAACAUUUAUUCGUAACGAUUCUACAGAUUUGAACGAUAAUAAUGACCUUCUUACGUUGGACGAAAACUUUUUGUGCUACAACAUUGACCAUUAUCUUAAGUUACAUAUUGAAAUCUAUCUAUAUGAAAAAAUUGAUGAUGAAUCGCUGAAAUCAGAAUCAGUAGAAAUUCUUUUCUAUUGUCAGCGUUUUGAUUUUCAACGAAAUUCCUUCAAACCUGCUCUUGCUGUUUUUACGGCGAACUUUUUUUUCUUAUUUGAUCAUCUAGCUAUUCAACAAUCGAUUCCAAACAAGGAAAUGAUACCACAACCACUAAAAAAAAGUCUAUCCACAUCUAGUUUUCGAUCAACGGCUGAUGAAAAGAAACAAGAUCUAAUCAGUUUGAUUCUCUACGUCCCGCUUGCACCAAAAUCGAAACGAUCAAAUUCACUUCAUGUAUGUCAUCUACCUGGGCCAAUUAAAAACCUUGGCUAUUGGAUCGAAUAUAAACUUAGCGAUUCACAAAAAAAAAUAUUAGCCAAAAAUAAACGUAGUAAUCGCCAACAACCAAAUCACCUAUUAGAAUUGAUAAUAUUUGGGGAUGAUACUGUGGGUAGAGCAUUCCUCGAAUUAUUAUUCGAAUUUCAAAAGAUUUGCAUUCGUAAUCAUUCAAAAACUGAUCUAGUCGGCAGUAUGAAUGGAUUGAUCAAAGUUAAAAACAAACUAAUUGAAAAUAGCGAUACAAAUGACAAUGUCGAUUGUUUGAAGGUUGAUUUCGACGAAACUUGUCGAUCAUUGCUGAUUCGUGGCGAGCCACAACCAUCUCACACAUUCCAAAAUAAUGAUAUACAAAAUGAUCGAUCGUAUCGGAUGUUUAUUCUUCAAUCAUUCCGUUUUUUACAAAACGCUUCGACAUCCAUGAUUAUCACAUCAUCUUCAUCGUCGCCAUCAUCAUUCAAUAAUGUAUUCACGAUCACCGAAAAUAUUGGUCUAAUCAUAGCUAAUGAUCAUCUGAUCAUUUUCGAGAUGUUUUGUUCGUUGCCUAAGAUAUCAUCGACUAUCAAAAAAGCAUCUACAAAUAAUGAGCAAUCGAUUUCGAAAACAUUAAAAGAUCAAUUUAAUAAAGAUUUUAAUGAUCAUAUUGAAAUUAAAACUUUGUUUAAAGAAUCAAUCAUCAAUUUGUUGCCGAAUAUUUACGUCAAUAAAUCAAAAUCAUUACUAGUAAUGCGUUUUCGUGAAGACGACGAGUCUGCCGCCACUAUCUGCUUACCGCAAUCGAUAGUGAACAGUAAAACAGUAACUUCCUCAUCAUCAUCAUUGACUAAUAGCAAUCAGCUUAAUAUUUAUGAGUAUAAAUUGACCUUUCUUAAUCAACAAAGUCUUGUACAAACUUGUCGUUUAAUUUGUUCGGCAUGGGAAACAAAUUUUGGUGUUGCCCUUACCUUGUCUAAGUAUAGAAUUGACGAUGAAUCAAAUUGAUUGACAAAUAAAAUGGAAA